AUGGUCAGUUGCCCCGGAUGUCAUGAAUCCUUUUCUGCAACAGGUUAUAGUCAGCAUCUAGCCAAGACUAGACAAACACCAUGCAGAGCCUUCCUUGCUACUUUUCGUGCAAAUUCUAACUCCCAGGGCCUGGGGAGUCCGAAGAAUCCGACACUCCAAGCUGGCACACGUUCCCUGUCACCGCCUCCAGGGUCCUUGGAAGAACAAGAUCAUCCAAUCUUAUUUGAGGGAGAUUUUUUUGGUACUUACGAGGAAGCUGAUCUAGAAUGGCCAGAUGACCAUUCUGGUGACGAAGAAGAGGACCUUUACAACGAUGAAUGGGAACCUCCUGCACAGGACAAUAAUGAUGAACCGGAACCUCCGGUACCUGACGACGACAUACUGGAAAAUGAAGGUGCUGAAGCCUUGGAGAACCGAGAAGCUCGUCGGGAGAUUGAGCAACGUACCAUGGAGCAAGAUCAUAUUAUAGACUGGGACGUUGCUAAGUGGGCAAAGUUACGCAGUCCUAGUUCAACGGCAUUUACUGACCUUCUUGCAAUUGAUGGGGUCAGUGAACAGCUCAACCUUUCAUUCAAGAAUUCAAAAGAGCUUAAUAAGAUAAUCGACAAGGACCUUCCUGGACGACCAAAGUUCAAGCGUGAACAAAUCAUUGUCGCUGGUGAAGCAUUUGACAUUUUCUACCGAGAUAUUGUCGAAUGCAUCAGAUCUUUAUAUAGUGACCCUGACUUCGCCGAUUUUCUCAUAUUCAAACCAGAGCGUCAUUACGCUGAUGAGGAUAAGACGAUACGAUUAUUUCAUGAUAUGCACACUGGUCAGUGGUGGUGGGACACACAGAAAGUGCUCGAUCGACGACGUCCGGGUGCCACAAUCAUCCCUGUCAUCAUAUCGAGCGACAAAACCCAGGUUACCAUGUUCCGCAACAAAACUGCAUAUCCCGUCUACCUUACAAUCGCGUAUUUGCCUACUACCCGCCUUGAGCAUAUCGCAAAUAAAGCCUCAAGACAUCGAGCUGUUGCAAACCUCUACCAUGCCUGUAUGAGUCGCGUACUGGCUCCCCUAAAGACUGCUGGAGUUGAUGGGCUUGUGAUGAGUAGUGGCGAUGGUGCACGACGUCGUUGUCACCCAUUGUUCGCGUGCUUCAUUGGUGACUAUCCUGAGCAGUUACUUGCUGCUGGAGUGAAGUCGAUGGAGUGCCCGAAGUGCGAUGUUCCCACAGACGAACUCGAAAGUAAUACAGCGCAAUGCGAUAUACGCGAUCUUCAUGCUGUGUUGGAUGCUCUCGCUCUGAUCGAUGAAGGUGACCUGGCCUUUGUACAAGCAUGUCGUGCUGCUGGAAUCAAACCAGUUGUCCAUCCAUUCUGGGAGGACCUGCCCUAUACAAACAUUUUUCAGGCAAUCAUGCCUGACAUGCUGCACCAACUAUAUCAGGGUCUCGUCAAGCAUUUGCUUGGAUGGUUAGCACAAGCGUGUGGAGCUGCAGAGAUCGAUGCACGAUGCCGUCGGUUACCUCCCAACCAUCAUAUCCGACUAUUCAUGAAGGGUAUUACCAGUCUCAGUCGCCUCAGUGGUACUGAACACAGCCAAAUAUGUCGCUUCCUCCUUGGCAUCAUUAUUGACAUCCGGCUUCCUGGAAAUCUUGCUUCGUCUCGCCUUCUAAAGGCUGUACGCGGUCUCCUCGACUUCCUCUACCUUGCGCAAUAUCCAUGUCAUAGCUCUGAAACAUUACUUUUACUAGAUGAAGCUCGCGCACUCUUUCACGACAACAAGGAGAUAUUCGUUGACCUUGGAAUCCGAAACAACUUCAACCUUCCAAAACUCCAUGCAAUACGUCAUUAUAUGUCUAUGAUUCGGAUGUUUGGGACAACGGAUAACUACAACACCGAGUACACUGAAAGGCUGCAUAUAGAUCUCGCCAAGGAUGCCUAUCGUGCUACCAAUCACAAGCACGAAUUCACGCAGAUGACACGAUGGCUAGAACGAAAGGAGAAGAUCAUCCAUCACGAGCAGUACAUAAAAUGGUGCCUUGAUAGAGAUCGCGCUCCUUAUCAACCGCGUCCACCUGACCUACGCCUCGACCGCACCCUAAAAAUGACAAAGCAUCCAAGCGCCAAAGCUGUCUCAGUUCCAACAUUGAUAUCUGACUAUGGCGCAACUUACUUCCGAGAAGCACUUGCUCGGUACAUUGCAGAACAACAGAAUCCAAAUGAGGUUUUCACUUGUCAGCGGCUGGAGAACGUCGCUGCAGGUAUCCAUUUACCAUUCCACUCCGUCCCCGUAUAUCACAAGAUAAAGUGGUUAUCGACUGACGCUCGAGGGCAUGGCGAUCCACUUGUGACGGUGGAUAGCAUACACGCUAAACCCCAACGCGCUGCUCUCCAAACGGAUGAUGUAGUACCAGCACGUUUCGAUACUGCACUUAUCAACGAUGGUACUGGCAGCUCUGUUGGCAUCAAAGGCUUCCGCAUAGGCCAAGUUCGUGUCAUUUUCUCAAUUCCUGCAACGGCAACACAACUAUUGUUCCCUCCAGUAAACCAGCCUCCCAAGCACCUUGCGUAUGUCGAAUGGUUUACUCCCUUUCCUGCGACACCAGAUCCCAGGCACGGCAUGUACAAAGUUAGCCGAUUCAUUUGCAGGCGAUCUUCAUUUCAUCGCAGUUUGCGCAGGCUAGUCUGCGAACGGAUUGCUGGACCAUGGGUCAGCAAACAUUGA